UAUAUUCACUAUAUAUACAGUAAUCAACACUCAUCAUAAUCACUAACCCCACUUCCCUCUCUCUCAUACCCUCUCCUCCAUUUUCUUCAUCACUAUCCUCCCCUCUUCACUUUCUUACUCAGCUUCACUUGCUCAUCCCCUCCACCAGCAAAUUCAUAUGGAAUUCUCUCAAGAAAUUUCUUUUCUUCAGUAUUCACCAGCUUGUACCACUGAGGAAGAUGAUGACAUGGCAGCAAACUGCCUGAUCCUGUUAGCACAAAGUGACGGGAGUCCAAACCGGAAACAGGGCACCCGGAAAUUCUCAGAAAUGGCGGACACCACCGCCUCCGCCGGAGCUCCCAAGGUCGCAGCCGGCGGCGGCGUGUAUGUCUACGGAUGCAAAACUUGUAACCGCACUUUCCCUUCGUUUCAAGCUCUGGGUGGUCACCGCGCCAGUCACAAGAAGCCAAAGCUGAUGGAUAAUCAGACCGCCUCCCCUGCCUCCGCCACCGUUUUCAAGAAACAGAGUACCCCGCCGCCCCGGCCGCCGCUAUCUCUCGCGGAAGCAAGCAACGGCAGCCAAAAGGCCAAGAUUCACGAGUGCUCGAUUUGCAGCGCGGAAUUCUCGUCUGGACAGGCUUUGGGCGGUCACAUGAGGAGGCACAGGCCGGUUCCGGCGAUCAGCGCCGCUGUGAAGGAGACGGCGGCUGAGGUGUCAUCAUCCGGAAACGACGGCGGUGGAGAUAUGAAAACGGGCGUCGGUUUCUCGAUUGAUCUGAAUUUACCGGCCCCACAAGAAGAGGAUGAGGAAGCUAAUGGUAAUAAUGGCAACAACAAGUUUGAAUUCUCACCCAAGCAACAAAGUCUUGUCUUCUCCGCCCCACCUUUGGUAGACUGUCAUUACUAAAGCGGUAAAUUGGAGUUUAGCGUCUCAUGGAGGAUUAAUCGAGGUUAAUUAAUUACUUAGGCGGGACCCACCUUGUGAAAAAAUAUACUGAAGUAUCAAAAAGAGAUUAAGCUAGAGUUUUUUUUACCAUAGUUAUCAAGCAAUAAAUGUGAAUGUAUUAUUAUAAAUACUCAUAUAAAAAAUACAUACGGAGUAUAAUAUAAAUGAGGUCAUUGUACGUUAUACAAAUUAAAGAGAAAGUUUAAGAUAAGAGUUAUUAGUUUAAAUGUUGUUUGUUAUGUAUUAGUUAAUUAAUAUUCAGAAAUAAAUGUGAACAUAUAUUCUUUGAGUUGAUAA